GGUCGUCCAGUGUCCAGUUUGUCCAGUUUGUCCAGUUUGUCCAGUGUCCAGGUGGUUCAGGAUGCGACCUCUGGCCGUUCUGCCUCUGCUGUUGUGCGCAGCCGUGUGCGUCAACCAGGUGAGGUCGGAGGUCAAGGCGGUGAAACUGUGCGGUCGGGAGUUUCUGAGAGCCGUGGUCUACACCUGUGGAGGCUCACGAUGGAGGAGGUUCCAGACCGAGACAGACGGGGACGAUCUGCCCACGGGGGAGUUCAACAGUUUGGAGACCCUGAGCGGCCUCAGCCCCGAGUCCAGACUGACCAGACGAGACCUGAAUAACAUGCUGACCGCCGUGUGCUGCCAGGUGGGCUGCAGGAAGAGCGACCUGACCUUCCUCUGCUGAGCCCCCCCCCCCCCCCAUCCUCCACCCUGUCGCCUUAAUAGACCCCAAAACCUGAAAUCACAAAGCUAAAACAGUAGCAUCUCUGUAGUUUAUGCACAUCACUGCUAUUUUUCUAAUUGCUUUUGAUAUUUUUGUUAGUUUGGAGUUGUGAAUAUUGACCACCUGAGUGUCUGUGAACAUGUUUUUAAACCAGAGAUGGAAACUGUGGCCAAAUGUGUGUUUUUAAUAAUAAUAUUUAGGACUAUAAACAGAAUAUCUAAGCUUGGCGUUGAGUCCUGAAUGUAGCGGGUGCAGGUCCAUCUCAGUUUUCAUGUGUUUAAAGGAAACAUGUGCUGUGUUCUUUAGUUCAGCUUGUUUUUGGUCAAAUAAAUAUUCUUGCAAAAUUAUUCUCUGGAGUGUGAGC